CGUGCCUUUCUUUUUUCUUGUUCCGUGUCUUUUUUUUUUUAAUGACUCCAUGGAGGGAACAAUUUGCUGUCAUUGAUCUUACUGAACCUGAAACUGAGGUUAUCAAUUCUACAGAAACACGUUCAUCCAAACGAAAAUCAAGGUCCAGCCACCAGAAUUCAGAACUUCAAGAUCUCCACGUUCAGUAUCAAAACCUUAAAGAUGAAUUGUGUACCAUUGACAACGAUAUAUUACAAACUGGUAUCGCAGCAGAAAAGCGAAGAUUGGCAGAUAAGAGAACAAAGUGCCUAGAUAAAAUGGAACAACUUCAAGUAAGGAUAGCCACUGCAGAAUCUUUAAUAUCAAUACCAACAACUAGCACCAAUCUAGCAUCCUAUCGACGGACGAAUGAUGCUACUGGAGAAACUCCAUCUUCCAAACGUCCUCAUCUCAUAACAAGUCAGACAAGAACAGCAAGCAAAGAAAGUCAAGGCAAUUAUCCGUGGUCACGAGACGUUUUGAAGGCACUUCAACAAAGUUUUCGACUGACGACGUUUCGACCUAAUCAACUUGAAGCCAUCAAUGCUACCUUGGCAGGAAAAGACGUGUUUGUAUUAAUGCCGACUGGUGGAGGAAAAAGUUUAUGUUAUCAGCUACCUGCGAUUAUUCAACGACAUAACCGACGUGGUUUGACAGUAGUGAUAUCUCCUUUAUUAUCUUUGAUGCAUGAUCAAGUGGUACAACUAGUGAAAAGCCGGGGCAUUGCAGCCACCUUUUUGAACAGUGAUGUCCCAGCAGCUCGACGACAAUGGAUCUUUGAUGAAUUAGAAGCUCAGACUCUCACCAUGCAUCUUUUAUAUACGACACCUGAACAAAUACAAAAUUCUUACCAAUUACAAUCAGCCCUCUCGUCCUUGGCUCAACGAAACCUUUUGGCUAGAAUCGUGGUGGAUGAAGCUCACUGUGUCUCACAAUGGGGUCAUGAUUUUCGUCCAGAAUAUUCUCUCCUUGGCUCCUUGAGGCCCAAGUUUCCCGAUGUACCCUGGAUGGCCCUGACAGCUACAGCUACUGCUCGAGUGCAAAAGGAUAUUAUCCAAUCUUUAUGUAUGGAAAGAUGUCAAGUAUUGAAACAAAGUUUUCACCGAACGAACUUGAUUUACCAAGUGAUUCGAAAAACAAGUACAAAAGAAUAUCGUCAAGACAUGCGAGACUUUAUCAAAUCAUUUGGACCAACGGCUACGGGAAUCGUGUACUGUCACACCAAAUCUCAAUGUGAGAUACUGGCGAAAGAACUUUGUGAUCACGGUAUCAAAAGCAAUUAUUAUCACUCUACGGUUUCAAGUGCAAUGAAGCUCAAGUUACAGCAAGAUUGGCAAAGUGGGAAAUUUCAAGUCAUGGUGGCAACAAUAGCAUUUGGUAUGGGAAUUGACAAGGCCGAUGUUCGUUAUGUGAUUCAUGAUUCAUUAUCAUCAACCAUCGAAGGCUAUUACCAAGAAACAGGACGUGGUGGCCGAGAUGGACAACCAGCUAUUUGUCGUUUGUAUUAUACGUAUUCCGAUGCACAAGCACAUCGCGUGAUGAUUCAUCGAACGAAACUAUCAGGACAAUCUGACCGACGAGAAAACGAACAAUUGAAUGCCAUGAUACGUUACUGUGAAAAUCAAACUGAAUGUCGACGUUCUUUGUUACUGGCCCAUUUUAACGAACCAUUUGACCAAGCACUCUGUCGAAAACAGUGUGAUCACUGCUGUGAAACAACUGCCACAAUUACUUCAAUCACAUUCAGUCCAGACGAAAUCAAAUCAGUGAUCACUCUUUUACAGCAAUUGGGUAGAGACAAGGUCACAUUAUUACAGCUUGUAGACAUGUGCCGGGGAUCACAGGCAAAGCCGCUUGUGGAAAAAGGAUAUACUCAAUGCAAUGGUUACGGACAACUAGCAGGUCGGGACAAAGUUGCGGUGGAACGACUUCUUAUUUAUCUGAUUUUGGAUGGUAUUCUAGUGGAAAAGACGAAAUUAUCAAACAAGUUUGCCAGAAUAUAUAUCUCUAUUGGGCCCCAUAUAUCACUGUCCAACAUUCGGAAUAGUGUGACGAUCGAUAUUGAAACAAAGGAAAAAGUAAGAUCAACAACAGCAGCAUCCUCUGAAACAGCUUCAUCGUCAGCACCAUCGGCUUCAUCACCUACAUCCACAACAAGAACAACGUCAUCCACAGUUUUACAAAUAAUUAAAAGAGAUUGUUAUCAAGCUUUACAAGUAGAAAGAACAAAGUUAACAAGGAAACAUGGUCCCAAUUCGAAAUUAGAUGAUUCAACAUUACAUACUCUGGCCAAUCGAUUACCCAACAGUAUUAUGGAAUUCCUUCAACUAACUGAGAUCUCUGAUCAAAUAUAUGAAACCUAUGGACAACCGUUACUGAAAAUAUGUAAGGCAUAUCGGGCAAAGGCACAUCGUAGUUUGUAGUAUAGUCAUUCAUUUAUAUUCAUUGUAUUAUAUAAUAAAGCAUUCAUUUUUUAUUUUA